GCGCGCGGUGUCGCAGCUUCAUCAUCAAUGAGCGCUCGCUCGGUCCACAACCCCCACCCCCAAAAUCCAAAAUCGGACCUUUUCUUGAUAAAUCCCAUAUUAAAAAUCGAUCGGCGAGGAAUAAAGUUUUAAUCUUUUUUUUGCCCAAUCCUUUUUCUGGAGGCUGAACAUCAAGCAUCGCUAAGGUAGGUGGUGCGGUAUUUUGUAUUCCCAGUCGCGCUGUUUUUGCGCUUUCGUUCCGUAUUGCUGCCGCCUUUGGUUGACUCGAAGUCUUUGCUCACGGAGCAGCUUUGGAUUCGACGCGAUCCAUCACGGCCCCAUCCGCUUCGCUGCCUCCCGAGGGGUUUUUCUGAUUUCUCGGAUGGUCUGAUUUGACUUCUCAUUGUAUUGGGUGUGUGUUGAUUGCUGGAAGAUCUGCUCGGGUGUUGCAAAGAAGCUGGGUUUGAUUUGGUUCUGGAAUGGUUGUUGGGCAAAUCAUUGGAGAAACGUGGAAUUACGCUUCACUCUUGCUGUUUUGGACCAUCGUGUUCCCUAUAGAUUUCAUUGUCCACCACCAGGAACUAGAACAUUUUUUGGGAAGCAUCAAGAUGGGCGCUAUUUGCUGCUGUCCACGCACGGAUGAUAUUGAAGAGUAUACUUAUCCUAGCAAUUCUAUAUAUGGACAUUGCUUAUGCUUAAGAUUUUUCUUCCACCAGCUAUUUACCGGGUACAGUGCCGUGUUCCAGAGACCUCAAGGACGGUCUAUGACUGCCACGGCUCCGGUCUCCACUUCUUUGGCUUCAUCAGGGAUCACUGGGGCAUUACCAGACAAUUCUGCGACCGACAUUCACCUUGCAAAUCCCAGACCUGCUCCAUAUGAGGUUGAGCAGAGAUAUUCCCGCUUGCCACGUGAUGGCUUGGUGUCUAGGCGAGAGAAGUCCAUGACCCAUUUCCAAGAAGAGUCGCAACCGCUCAGAAUAAACGUGAGCAGUUCUGGUACAGAGUCGGUGGAGUUUGAGAAGAAAUGGAGUAGUGCCGAUCCGGAAGAAGAGACUAAAGCUGGCCAAUUAGAACCUAUGGAGAAGUUGUCAACAAACAAAUCUGCGAAGGGAUUAAAUCCGACUCAACUUUCUUCAGAAGAUGAAGACAUCUGUCCCACAUGUCUUGAAGAAUAUACUCCCGAAAAUCCUAAAAUUACAGCACAAUGUUCGCACCAUUAUCAUCUUGGUUGUAUUUAUGAAUGGAUGGAAAGAAGCGAUAGUUGUCCUAUUUGUGGCAAGGAAAUGGAGUUUUGUGAAAGCCCUUAGCGCCAUAUCAUGCACAUAGCCAUUGGUUAUAACAAAGAGAAAAAUAUACACAGAUUAUUUGGGUGUGCGUUCUGUAAAUAAAGGCUCUCUUGCUCUGUACGAAAUGGGCUGUGGGGAGGAAACGGUGGUCUCUGGAUUGUACAUUGCAUCUCAUUUCUGAUAUGAUGCUCUCUCUGUCUCU